AGCACGCAUUCAAUCUCCACAGUGUUUGCUCCUGCUGUGUCAUUCUGUCCAUCCCCCCUUGCCUAGUCCUCCCGUCCCUCGUCCCUCUUCUUUCAGUGGCAGUAUUACAGUACCAGUGUCCAGCUGCUGGCAUGCCCUUGUCUGAGCUUUCUGCCUGACUUUUUUCCUCCACUGAACUCUUCUCUUUGCUCUGGUACUGCACUAAGCAUGGACAAUGACCAGACUCACGCCUCACCUGGGCAGGACACCCAGGGACAGAGCGGGGACAAACCUGCCCCCAGCUCACAGCCCCCUGCUCCGGCCCCCCAAGAGCAGACAAGUGUCCAGUCUGAGGCAGCCGUGUGCGACAUCUCAGAGGAGCUAAGCCGGCAGCUGGAGGACAUUAUUAAAACCUACGGGUCUGCCGCAAGCCUGAUGGAGAAGGAAAGCACUCCUCCUGGCAUCGACAGGCCUGAAAAGGGAGAGCCAGGCAGUGUGGAGGAUGCAGAGUAUGAAGAUGCAAAUGAGGAGGGUGAGAAAGAGAAGCUGGCUCCUGGGGAUGCUUCCAGAGCAAAGGAGCCCAGUGGCAGCAAGGAGCAAAAGCUGGAGAAAAAAAUCCUGAAAGGACUAGGGAAGGAAGCUACCCUACUGAUGCAAUGUCUGAACAAGCUGAAUACUCCAGAGGAGAAGCUGGAUCUGUUAUUUAAGAAAUAUGCUGAGCUGCUUGAAGAGCAUCGCGCUGAGCAGAAAAAGCUCAAGUACCUGCAGAAGAGGCAAGCCCAAAUCACCAAGGAGAAGGACCAACUGCAGAGUGAGCACAGCCGAGCCAUCCUUGCCCGCAGCAAGCUCGAGAGCCUGUGCCGGGAGCUCCAGAGGCACAACAAAAACCUCAAGGAGGAAACAAUUCAGCGGGCACGGGAGGAAGAUGAGAAGAGGAAAGAAAUAACAAAUCAUUUCCAGGGCACGUUGAGUGAAAUCCAGGCUCAGAUCGAGCAGCAAAGCGAGAGGAACAUGAAGCUCUGCCAGGAGAACACGGAGCUGGCAGAGAAGCUGAAAAGCAUCAUUGACCAGUACGAGCUGCGGGAGGAGCACCUUGAUAAAAUAUUUAAGCACAGAGAACUUCAACAGAAACUGGUGGAUGCCAAGUUGGAGCAGUCUCAGGAAAUGAUGAAGGAAGCCGAACAGCGACAUCAGAAAGAAAAGGAAUAUCUCCUGAACCAAGCUGCAGAAUGGAAGCUCCAGGCCAAAAUGUUAAAGGAGCAAGAGACUGUCCUGCAGGCACAGAUCACACUCUACUCUGAAAGGUUUGAAGAAUUUCAGAAAACAUUGACAAAAAGCAAUGAAGUGUUUGCCACAUUCAAACAGGAGAUGGAGAAAAUGACAAAGAAAAUGAAGAAGUUGGAAAAGGAUACUGCUACAUGGAAAUCCAGGUUUGAGAACUGUAAUAGAGCAUUACUGGACAUGAUUGAAGAGAAAGCCAUGAGGUCCAAGGAAUAUGAGUGCUUCGUGCUGAAAAUCCAGAGGCUAGAGAACCUUUGCCGGGCUCUGCAGGAAGAGAGGAAUGAGUUGUACAAAAAAAUAAAGCAAGCACAGUUCCCUGAAGAGGUGAAUGGAAAUGGCAUCUUAGAAGAAGAAGAAGAAGAUGAUAAUAAUGAUACGAGCCCUUCCUCUUCCAAUCAGGCGAGCAUUGAGCUGCGUGCUACUGAUGAAAGUGUGCUGAAGGAGCUGGCUGAAGCUUUCAGGGUGUCCCACACAGCAGAACAGUCCCUCUCAAGCAACAACAGCAAUCCAGAGACCCAUGACACUCAAACAUGUAGUGCUGUCCUGGUGCCAGAGCACCCUUCUCCUCUCACCCCACAGUCAGAGGCCGGGAAUCACUGUGAGCAGCCCAGCACGACCACACCAACACCCAUUGAACAGAUGCCAGCACCCACUGGGAGCACACCAACGCCCACUGAAAAUAUGACAACACCCACUGAAAAUGUGUCGAAGCCCACCGAAACCACAUCCACUCUCCCUGAAAGAGUGCCAAUGCCCACAGAAAAUGCACCAAUACUUCCCAUGAGUGUGUCAGUGCCCACUGCAAAUAUACCAAAAUCUAUUGAAAGCAUGUCAGCAACCCCUGAAAAUGUGCCAGUGCCGGCACAAAACAUGCUCACUCCCCUUGAGAAUGUGCCAGUACCCACAAAAAGCGCACCAAAAGCUGAAGAAUGUGUGGAUGGCCCAUCUGUCCAUGGUGAGUCCCUGGAGACAACAGGGGACACAGACAUGGAAGCAGUGGAUUGAAGACACUGGUGUGUCCAGGCUUGUCUUCUACAAACCACAGCUCUAGUUUGUUCUCUAAAUUGAUACCUUUUUUUCUUUUUUUAAGAGAAACAAAAAGUGAGUGCUAGAACACACUUGCAUAUCUGUAGGCAAAUGUAAUGCACUUCUCUUUGCUACCACUAUCCAAUAAUUAUGGGUCUGCAAAUUUUGCUGUCCUUCAUUGGCUUGAAGCAUAAUAUUUUCUUAAGGACAGGAAAACACAACUAAAUUACAGGAACUUUUUUCCAGGCAUAAUGAGUCAUCUUCAAUGAAAUAAAUUCAAAGUGUUGAAGUUUCAUGCUUCAAAAAUCAUGGCAAUUCACAUAAAUAAAUUUAAAGUUUCAUAAUUAAUUUAAUCUAUUUCUUAUAACAUUGCAUAGAAGAUGGCCUACUGGAACACAUAAUGAUUUUAAUAAAUGAGAUUAAAAGAAUCUGUAAUUACACAGCAAAAUAAUGAAAUCGUUGAUGUGGUCAGCCAUAUCCAUGGAGAGGUGCAGUAACAAAAGUUGAAUUUUUGUAUGAGUAAACUACCACUCACCAUUAUAUGGACUGAAUACCCACAAGCUCCCAGCUUUAUCCUGAAUUUGCCUUUUCAGCUUACUGCUCUAACAGACCUUCUGCUUUCAACAGAACUACAGGGGAGCAGACAAGAUCUUUCCUAAAUUCUUUCUAAAAUGACUGAAAACUACUGCAGUUUACCAACUCGUGGCAAUUCCCAAGGUAGGGGUCACAACCCUCAUUCUGCAUCUAACAGAAACCUAGUAGUUUGUCAUACUAUUUGGGAUCACAAGUCCAACAAAGGGUCUCAUGGCUGUUUCCAGCCCACAAAUGAGCUCAGAAGUUUAGAAGUUGGGUGCAGAUCCCAGCUUCUAGGCCAGGAGCAGAAAGCAAAGUGGAGCUACACUAGAAAGUACCAGGAUGUGUUACAGAAGAUGCCCUGAGGUCAUGCUUCCAGAUCAUCCCAUCUCUUUCCAACACAGCCACACGAACCUCUUCAGCACAGCUUCCUCCUGGCCCAACUACAAGUGCUCAUGCUCCCAGGAGAAGGGUGAGCACAAUUGCCUGUCACCACGUUCACUGGAGUAGAUAAGAAAUAAAUAGCCCAGAAAAAAAUAGGUACA